CAAGAACAAGAACAAGUGAGGAACAUCAGAGACAAAAUCUCUUCUAGGAAAACUGUAAAAGACUUCGCCCAUAAGGAAGCAAUUGGAAGAGGUCAUGUCAUCGGCGACGCUUCAACCUCCAGAAACAAACGUGACGAUGUCAUAUCUGGAUUAUUUCAACACAACAGACUGGCAGCUCGUGUACUCCAUCAUCCCACCGUACAUCUUCAUGGUGUGUUUGACAGGAAUUCUGGGUAACUCAUUUGUAUUGCUGGUGUUCUUGCUGCAGAGAAACCGAUGGACCGUACCUGAGAUCUAUUUGGGAAAUCUCGCGCUGGCCGACCUUAUUUUACUCAUCUGUCUCCCCUUCUGGGCAAUGAACAUCCUCGAGUACUUCAUGUGGCCGUACGGAGAGUUCAUGUGCAAGGUGGUCAAUCUCUCCAUCCUCGUCAACAUGUACACCAGCAUCUACAUGCUGGUGAUGGUGAACGUGGACCGCUACCUUGCCCUCGUCUUGACCAUGAAGGCCAGAUGGCUCAGGCGGAAACGUUACGCCAAAGCCAUCAGCGUUUCCCUCUGGCUCUUCGGUUUGGGAAUGGGCGUUCCGACCUGCAUGUUCCGAACAUUGGAAGACAUUCCCGGUCACCAAGCGUUCCAGUGCAUCCUGCAUUAUCCCAGUGACUCCUGGAAGAUUGCCCAUCACAUCCAACUGAUUGUGUUGGGUUUCGCUUUGCCUCUACUGGCCAUCACAUUUUGUUGUGUGAAUAUUCUUCUGGCCCUAAAGCGACGUCGAGACAAUUACUGGGAGGAUAGAAACGACAAGAAAGCUACUGUACUGGUGUGUACGGUCACGCUGUUGUUCCUCAUCUGUUGGGGUCCAUUUCACAUCUUCACUUUCCUUGAUAUACUCUCUGAUUUCCAUGUUUUGGAUAAGGAGAAGUGGUUUGAUGUCCUUGAAAUCGGAAAUCAGUUUUCCGUCUACUUGGCCUUUUCAAACAGUUGCCUAAAUCCGGUGUUGUACGUUUGCUCGGGGAAUUAUUUCAGGAGAAAAGUAAGCAGCAUCUAUAAUCGAAGAAAACAAUCCAACGUAUCUGAUGUUACUGCAAUGCAGAGGACACUUUUAACAACCACGACCACCACCAAUCAAAUCAAACCUGUUGUUUUAUGAGAAAGACUAGUGUUGUUUUUAUAAACCAGUAAAAAAACUUUAACCACCAUCAGUAACUUGCUGACAUUUUUAUUAUUGCUAAAUAGUAAAUGAAGAAUUUAGAUGCAAAAGCUGCUAAAAAAUGAGAUAAAUGUUAUUAACCGAAUGCUCUCGGCUCGUAUUAAACGUUCAGCUAAUACUUUCUAUUCAAAUCCGCUUUAUAGCCUAAUGGCUUCAGGUCAAUCAGGAAUACACAUUUUGAGUUUUUAGCAAAGUCCUCUAAUUGCACGGAAAAAGAAUUGCACAAUGGUUUGCAUACACUUUUACCCAAUUGAUGAA